GGACGAGGUCAUGCAUAACGACAACGCUGAUGGAUCUUUGGGUGCAGGCGGAUUUGUCACACAAGGAGAUCAAACGGCUAUGCUGAAAGCCGAGUUGCAAGGCUUCCACGACGCAGACGAGCUUGGUAGCACGACUGGUGGAGUAGGCGGUGAAGGUUUGUCCCAUGAAGAAGGUACUAAAACAUGUCUCCGCUACUUCAGUUUUAUGUUACCAAGAUGAUUAACAAGCCAAGUAGUCAUGUUGUUCUCUGUCAUCAUGUACAUAUGGUUAUGGAUUUGGAUAACCUUUAAAUAAAGUUAUGCUCUAUCAUUACGUCAAUAUUACAGGAGCCUCUGGAGUUGAAAACAUGGUGUCUCUGCCUGGUAAUCUUAUCGACAUCCAAGCAGAUAUGGGAGAUGCGGCUAUUGGCGUUGGACCUGAGCAAACGCAAAACAGUGCUGCUUUUAGUGUGGACUUGACUGCCAACACCGAUAUGCUUGACGCUGAGCCGCAGCAUUUUACCGGCUCCGAUGAUGUCCACGAGAAUGAUUUUGCCCAGCCAAAUCUUGCUGAAGCUAAUCCGGCUACCACCCCCGCAUCUCACGGCGAGGGCUUUGGGUUGCAGGAUAACAAAUCUGAGAUCACGGAUUUUCUUGCUGUCGACGGGACAACUUCUCAGGAGGUACUUUUGAAUCGUAUGGUGGUACAAUUGUGCGAAGGUCUCCUCCUUCCUGCAAAUAUGAUGCGCUAGUACGACAUUACUCCACAUGUGCGGUUACCUUACUGAACACAUGAUGAUCAUAAUAAUUGAUAAAGUAAACGAGCAAAGGACAUUCUUAAUCAUGAUCACCAAAAGCUAGCACAAGCUGAAAAGGCAAUCACGCCAGUUUUUUACUUCUUCAGAAUCUCCAUCUUCGUCUCAACAAUGUCAAGCCACAAAUUCCCCUUCCGCAAAAGCAACCUCUGAUGACGCAAAACGUCACACAUCUUGGUCAUAUCUGAAGGUAAAUGCCUCUUACAUUAACUAAGGUUAAAUCUGACGCAAUGGCGUCACCGACACUGUUGUGCGAAACUUCGAAAUAUG